AUGGUUGACAGGAAGAGAACAAUACGAGUGGAAGACGAUGAGGAUGAGGAUGAUGUUCCAUUGAAUAAAAAGAUGAAAUUGGAAUCAAAAGAAAACACACCUCUAGUGAAAGAGGAAGAGGAAGAAGUGUCGGGAGUUAAAACAGAGAAUCUCUCAGUAAAAGAGGAUGUAAAAGAAGAGCCAAUGGAAGAGGUAAACGGAGAACAGGCAAACAAUGAAGAAGCAAAUGAUGAAGAUGACGACGAUGACGAUGACGACGAUGAUGGCGAAGACGAGGAGGCAGAGGAAGAACAAAAACGAAUAACCAACUUCAAUUUCGAUGGAGAAAUAUACACCUUCAAAGAGCGACCUUCAGUGAUAGAGGAAAAAGAAGGCAAGAUCGAAUUCAGAGUGGUAAAUAAUGAUAACACAAAGGAUAGUCUAAUAGUCUUAACUGGUCUCAAAAACAUUUUUCAAAAGCAGUUGCCAAAAAUGCCGCGUGAGUAUAUAUCGCGAUUGGUCUAUGAUCGCUCACAUUUAUCAAUGGCUGUUGUACGGAAACCGUUAACUGUGGUUGGUGGGAUAACCUAUAGACCCUUCAACAAUAGAGAAUUUGCAGAAAUUGUGUUUUGUGCUAUUUCCUCGACCGAACAGGUACGUGGGUACGGUGCCCAUUUGAUGAAUCAUUUGAAAGAUUACGUUAGAGCGACUUCCCCGAUUAAAUACUUUCUAACUUAUGCAGAUAACUAUGCUAUUGGUUACUUCAAGAAGCAAGGGUUCACUAAAGAAAUAACGCUUGAUAAAUCGGUGUGGAUGGGGUAUAUAAAGGAUUACGAAGGUGGUACCUUGAUGCAGUGCUCGAUGCUCCCGUCUAUUCUCAGAUAUCUUGACCUGGGAAAGAUACUUCUUCUACAGAAAGCAGCAAUCGAGAGGAAGAUAAGACUGCGGUCGAAAUCUAAUGUUGUCCGACCUGGUCUUCAAAUUUUUAAAACGAAUAAAAACGUGACUCUCGAUUAUAAGGAUAUACCCGGGUUGGCCGAAGCAGGGUGGCUGGAAGAGAUGGAUAAAUUGGCACAGAAACCAAAAAGGGGUCCUCAUUAUAAUUUCAUGGUCACUCUUUUUUCAGAGAUGCAAAACCACCCUUCAGCAUGGCCAUUCGCAGUACCCGUCAACAAGGAUGAAGUCCCUGAUUACUACGACGUCAUCAAAGAGCCUAUGGAUUUGUCUACAAUGGAACAGAAAUUGGAAAAUGAUAAAUAUGAAUCAUUUGAACAGUUCUUGUACGAUGCCAGGUUGAUUUUCAAAAAUUGUCGGUCGUAUAAUAGUGAGUCCACUACGUAUUACAAAAAUGCCAAUAAAUUGGAAAAGUUUAUGAAUAACAAGAUUAAGGACAGUGCCGAAUAUUCUCAUUUCUUAGAAUAA